ACACAACAGUUCCACAAAACAAAAUUGUUUUUUCGUGUUUUUUUUGUGAAAACAUAAAUUUUAUUAAUAGUAUUGGAAAUUCGUUAUGUCUGGCCAUAAUAUGAGUAAAAUUAGUCGCAAGACUCUUUUCGAUUAUGCUCAGAUCUGGAGAAAAGGAGUCUCGACGUCCUUUCAGUGUAGUGAUCAAAUUGUAAAACAAAGUCGCACCAAAUCGGACAUUACACCAGAAUCGUCAUAUGACAGUUAUAUACGCAAGUCUCCAAGUAGAAUUUGUAUCGAACAGAAUGAAUCACGUCAAAAAGAUGCUCAGGGUGAAAGGCUUUACGAGAAUGAUCUUGCUGCCUUAAAGCAAAGCAGAAGUAGUAGCAUCCUAAGAGAUUAUCAUUUAAACCAGCGUUGGAAACAGGCUCCAGAUGAGGAAUCUCCCAAAAAACUAUCACAGAUGGUGGUAAAACUAAAUGACAUAAUGUCCCUGAAUGUGGCUACAACUGAGCGUGAAGACGAAGAAAGAUUCAAUGAUAAAUAUUAUUUUGAAAAUAUUAGCCAAUGCAUGGACUUUAAGCCACAAGCAAAUACCAAUGCGAAUCGCUGGUAUAUCAAAUUGCCGCAAAACUAUGAAAAUAAGGAAUCAGUGAGUCGCCAGGAUGUCCAGGGACGUCCAGAAAAACUUCGAAAAUUAGUGGAACUACCAAGGAUUUCAGGUGAAAGACGCAAACCAUCGAUUUGUUCAAUUUCCAAUGAGGAAAACGAAUUCAUGGAGAAAUGCAAACCUCAGGAAAUUUGGCAAUUUGGAUCAGUUAUCGUUCCCCGCCUGGAACUUUAGUUUGCCUACUGUCGUAACAAUGUGAUCUCCGAUUUGGAUAUGUGUUUGUGGAGCGCUAUUGUUCAGAAAGUUUUCUAAAUUCAGAAAUAAACAACUAUAUGUCAAGAA